AUGGCAACUCUGGCUGUGCAGAAUUCGGAGAACAUCUUACACUCCUUCCUGCAGGACCGGACCUCCAACUUGUCUCCAGGUGACAUCACUCCUUGCAGCCCCACCUUGGCCUUCGUCGCAACAGCACCCACUGCUCCCCACUCCUCAGCCUGCGCCCCAAGAGCCUAUGAGUCUGUGGGGAUGUUCCAGCUCUGGAGCAAUGAGGUGCCAUCGGGCUCCCACACAACCAUGGCUUUCGGGCUGCCCAAGAUGACCUAUCACGGGCAGGUGGUGCCCGGAGGUGCCGGUGGCUCUGCCCACGAACUGCCGCUGACCCCGCCAGCUGAACCCACUUACUCCUUUGAGCUGUCGCCCGUCAAGAUGUUGGCUCCGGCAGUGCCGGCCUCAUACACCUUCCCCGAGGCCCAGGACUUCUCUGGCUUUUUGCAAGGCCCCCGGCCUCUGGGCCCCGCUGCUGCGGCUGUUCCUCCUCCUCCGGGCACCCCCUCGGUGGACGAUGCCCCUUGGUGGAGCCUGCAGCCGCCUGGCAGCUUUUCCCUGGGCCGCCCACUGGUCCUCAGCUCCCAGCCGCCCCUCGCCGCUCUCCUCCAGGGCACCCCGAAGGGCCUUCUGGGGACGGCCCGCCGCUGCCGCCGUUGCAAGUGCCCCAACUGCCAGGCAGCCACCGGGGCCAAUGAGGAGCUGGGCCGGAAGAAACAACACAUCUGCCACUUGCCGGGCUGCGGCAAGGUCUAUGGCAAGACGUCCCACCUGAAGGCCCACCUCCGCUGGCACGCCGGCGAGCGCCCCUUCGUCUGCUCCUGGCUGUAUUGCGGGAAAAGCUUCACCCGCUCGGACGAGCUGCAGAGGCACCUUCGGACACACACGGGCGAGAAGCGCUUUGGCUGCCAGCUGUGUCCCAAGAGGUUUAUGCGGAGCGACCACCUGGCCAAGCAUGUCAAGACCCACCAGGGGAAGCGAGUGCGGGGCAUGGCGGUGGGCAUCAAGCAAGAGUGA